CUAACAAUUUGCUUUGCAAGACCCAAGUUGGUUAUCAGUGUCCAACUUUACCUAUUUCUUCUGCUAAUCUUGCAUUAUCGCGCCUCUCCUCUGUUCUCCAGCAUCCAAAGGUCGUUGAGGCGCAGGUGGUCCAGCCAACUCCAGCCGCUGCCGGCGGUCCAGAUCCAGCCAAUACUCUCUCUUCCUCCACUCUCCAGCAGCCCAGCUCCAUCUCAGUGGUUGUUUUUGUAGGAUAUAAUUAUGAAUACUAGUGGUUCAGGGACUGCUACUGGUGAUUCUAUUGGAUCUGUCCCUUCUAAAACAGAUGAUCCUGCUUGGGCGCAUUGUUUGAUUGUCCCAGGCAAGAGGAAUCAAACAAAAUGUUUAUAUCGUGAUAAGCUUAUACAAGGGGGUGGAAUUACUAGACUGAAAGAACACCUUGCUCGAAUUAAAGGCAAUGUUGGUGCAUGCAAAAAAGUUUCAGUAGAUGUAAAAUGGCAAAUGCAACAGUUGUUAAGUGAGGCAAGGAAAGGGAAAGAAAAGAGAAAGAGAAAGAGACUUGGAGAUAUGGUUGGGAGUCAAUGUGGAUCACAAACAUUUGUUGAAGAAAAUGAUGAAAUUGAAGAGAUCCCUCAAUCUCAAUCACAGAAAACUAUAAAAAGUGCUUUGCAAUCAAAAGAAAAACAAGAAGCUGCUAGGAUGGCUAUUGCUAGAUGGUGGUAUGAUGCUAAUGUGCCUUUCCAUGCUGCACGAUCAAAAUACUAUUUGCCAAUGUGGGAUGCUAUCACAUCUAUGGGACCAGGUUUCAAGGGACCAGGUUAUCAUGAUUUGAGGGGUCCUCUCUUAAAAUGUGCAGUAAAGGAGGUUAAUGAAUGGCUUUUAUCCUUGAAGUCAACAUGGAGUACUAAUGGUUGUUCAAUUAUGGCUGAUGGAUGGACAAAUCAAAGACAACAACCAAUAAUCAAUUUCCUUGUUUAUCGUCCUAGAGGAAGUAUGUUUUUGAAGUCCAUUGACACUUCUGGUUUGACAAAGGAUGCUGAAACAUUGGAGAGGAUGUUUGAUGAAGUGGUGAAAGAAGUAGGAGUGGAGAAUGUUGUACAAUUUAUAACAGACAAUGAUGCCUCAUACAAAGCUGCUGGGAAAAGACAAAUGUUUACAAGUGAUGCAUGGGUUGGUUCUCGGUAUGCAAGAAGUAGUGUUGGGAAAGAAAUAUGUGAAAUUGUCUUGGAAGAUAAAGAAUUUUGGUCUAAUUGCAUAGUAGUUGUCAAAAUCAAUGAACCUUUGGUGAGAGUGCUUCGACUUGUGGAUAAUGAAGAGAAGCCAAGCAUGGGCUACUUGUAUGAGGCAAUUGAUAAGGCAAAGGAGACAAUAAAAAAGAAUUUUAAUAAUAGGUUGUCUCACUACAUGCCUUAUAUUAAUGUGAUUGAUGCUAGAUUGGAUAAGCAACUUUAUAGCCCAUUACAUGCAGCUGGUUGCUUUCUUAAUCCAAGUAUCUACUUUAAACCUAGCUUCAACAAACAAACUACUGUUACGAGAGGUUUGCUUAAUACUUUAACAACAUUGAUAUCGGAUGAGGAUAAGCAAGAUCUCAUUAGUUCACAACUUGAGGAGUAUAAAAAAGCUACAGGGACCUUUGGCAUGAGUUUGGCUAUUCGUCAGAGAGAAAAGUUAAAUCCAGUUGCAUGGUGGGAUCAAUUUGGAACGGAUGCACUCGAAUUGCAAAAGUUUGCAAUUCGAGUGCUUAGCCAAUGCACAAGUGCAACUGGAUGUGAAAGGAAUUGGAGUGCUUUUGAUUUUAUUCAUUCCAAGAAGAGGAACAGGCUAGAGCAUGAAAGGUUGAAUGCCCUUGUGUUUUCUUUGCCAAAUCAAAUCCUUGAUGAUACUGAUAAUAUUGUUUAUGAUGAGGAAGAUGUCCCACAAGUUCCUCUUGAAAAUGAAAGUGAACAACUUUGGACUGGAGUUGGUGGAGUUACAGGUUAUGGAAUUCCUCCAGAUGAGGAUCCUUAUAAUUAUGUACAAGAUCAUUAAUUUUGUUAUUUGUUUAUAAUUGUCACUUGACAAAAACAAUUGAAGAACUCUUGUGAUGAACCAUUAGGUAUCUGUUUCAUCAUUCAAUCUUUUUAACUUUUAUAAAUUGAAUGUGAUUUG